AGUGAGCGAGAUGGGGAGGGAAGGAGUGUGAGAGGGAGAGAGAGAGAGAGAGAGCGAGAGCCGGAUCUAUCCGUCGCCAUUACCGACUGGAAUGAGAGGGGAGGGAGUCAGGCUCGGAUUACACGCAAACCACAAAUACUGUUAAAACAGGUUAAAACUAUUCUUGUCGAAAAUCUCUCGGAUUCUUCCCGACGCCGGAGCCUAAGGAGUGUUUGGAAUUGUGUUCCUUGUCCGACCAGGUGGGAUUAAAGAGGGGAUAUUGGGAAUGCCUCCUCCUCUCUGUGGUGUCGGGAGCAGGGAGCGACCAUGUUAGGUAGGUGAUACCCAAGGGCAAGUGCAGCUGCCCCGUGGUGGAUGGUCCUGAGGAAAAGGAAAAUCGACCGAGUGAGUUCCGAGUGAGACAUGGAAAUGCAUCACCAGUAGCAAAUGGAACUUCAUCCUUGCCUUGCUGGCAGACUUUGCUUGGAGUGACAACGCAAUGAGAGGGGCGGUAUAAUGGCCAAGAAUAAGGAGCCCCGUCCGCCGACAUAUGCUAUCAGCGUUGUUGGGCUCUCAGGCACUGAGAAAGAAAAGGGCAACUGUGGUGUAGGCAAGUCCUGCCUGUGCAACAGAUAUGUGCGCCCCAGCGCGGAUAGCUACUACUCGGAGCACACUUCUGUGUUGAGCACAAUUGACUUUGGAGGGCGUGUGGUGAAUAAUGAUCACUUUCUGUACUGGGGAGAAGUGCUACACAGAGGGGACGAUGGCCUUGAGUGUAGAAUUCAAGUCAUUGAACAGACUGAAUUUAUUGAUGAUCAGACCUUUUUGCCUCAUCGGAGCACAAAUUUGCAACCGUACACUAAACGGGCUGCAACUACAAAGCUGCAGUCCGCUGAGAAACUGAUGUAUAUUUGCACAGAUCAGCUUGGCUUGGAGCAGGAUUUUGAUCAGAAACAGAUGCCAGAUGGGAAACUGAAUAUUGACGGCUUUGUCUUGUGCAUAGAUGUAAGCAAAGGAUGCAAUAGAAAAUUUGAUGACCAGAUGAAAUUUAUCAGUAGCCUUUACUCACAAAUUACCAAGUCAAAAAAACCCAUUAUCAUUGCUGCAACAAAAUGUGAUGAGUGCGUAGAGCAAUAUUUAAGAGAUGUCCAAACUUUUGCUGCGAGCAAAAAGAAUCUGCUGGUGGUUGAAACUUCAGCUCGAUCGUCUGUCAAUGUGGAGCUCUGUUUUAAUGCUCUGACCCAGCAAAUGGACAAAACACGAGGCAAACCCAAAAUUAUCCCUUAUUUGGAGGCUUACAAAACCCAGAGACAAUUAGUAGCCACGGUCUCGGACAGGUUUGACAAACUCAUUGUGCAAAGCGUUAAAGAUUAUCACACAAGCUGGAAAAUUGUGAGCAAUACUUUGAAAAACCACCCAGACUAUGAGGAGUACAUCAACUUGGAAGGCACCAAAAAGGCUAGGAGCACCUUCUCUAAGCACAUUGAACAGUUGAGGCAAGAGCAUAUCAGGAAGAGGAGGGAAGAUUACUUCUCCAGUCUGCCAAAAAUUUUGAACAAGUUGCUUAACAACUUAGAAGAGAUUGAGAACCUGAGCUGGGCAGAUGCUCAGAACCUCAUGAAGAGCAGGGCUGAGUUUCAGUACUACUUUGUUGUGCUAGAGCAAACCCCUUGGGAUGAGACAGAUCACAUUAACAAAACGGAUGACAGAAGAGUGCCCUUUGACAUCCUUAAAACUUCAGAAGGCGAGAGAAUUUAUCAAAACCACGUCCAGCACUUGAUAUCAGAGAAAAGGCGACUGGAAAUGAAGGAAAAAUUCAAGAAGACACUGGAAAGAGUGCAUUUCAUAAGUCCUGGCCAACCCUGGGAGGAAGUUAUGUGUUUUGUCAUGGAAGACGAGGCAUACAAAUAUAUCACCGAAGCUGAUCGCAGAGAUGUUUACGGGCGGCAUCAGCAGGAAAUUGUUGAAAGGGCCAAAGAGGAAUUUCAGGAAAUGCUGUUUGAGCAUGCGGAGCUGUUUUAUGACCUGGAUUUGAAUGCCACCCCAAGCUGUGACAAAAUGAGUGAAAUCCACGCUGUACUUAAUGAGGAACCCAGAUAUAGAGCUCUUCAGAAACUCGCCCCAGAUAGGGAGUCCCUUUUACUAAAACACAUUGGGUUUGUUUAUCAUCCCACCAAGGAGACAUGCCUGAGUGGGGCGAGCUGUGUGGAUCUGAAAGUUGAGCAGGUCCUUGCAAACAGGCUUGUUCAGCUGGACCAUGGUCGCACCAGUCUGUACUACAACAGUGCCAAUCUUGAUAAAGUUAACUUGUGUCUUAUUGGCAGAGAAGGACUAGCUCAAGAACUUGCAAAUGAAAUAAGAGCUCAGUCCACUGAUGACGAGUACACCCUGGAUGGGAAGAUCUAUGAGUUAGAUCUCUUGUCUGUUGAUGUAAAUUCUCCCAUGCUUUUGAACCAUUCUUGGGUAUCGACUUUCAAACCUCAUGGGUUCUUCUGUGUCUUUAGUUCAAUAGAGUCACUCAAUUACAUUGGUGACCGCAUAAGCCGAAUCCGAGCUGAGAUCGCCCAGAGCAGAAGAGACAGGUUUACCCAGCCAUUGCCAUUUAUCCUUAUCUUAGCCAGUCAGCGAGACAGCGUUUGCAAAAACAUGCCUAUUUUAAGGCAUCAGGGCCAACAGCUUGCCAAUAAGCUACAGUGCACAUUCAUAGACAUACCCUCUGGGACCUUUCCACGAAAGUUUAAUGAGUCUCAAAUAAAACAGGCACUCAGAGCAGUCCUAGAGGGCCUAAAGCACAAUUUUGAUGUGAUGAGCCCAAUGCCCUCCAUCAAAGAUCUCUCCGAAACAGAUUUGCGGAUAGUUAUGUGUGCCAUGUGUGGGGAUCCGUUCAGUGUUGAUCUUAUUCUUUCACCUUUUCUGGACUCGCAUUCCUGCAGUGCUGGUCAGCCUGGCCAGAGCAACACCCUGAUCCUCGACAAAAUCAUUGGCGACAGUCGCAGACGCAUACAAGUCACCGUCCUCUCAUACCACUCUUCAAUUGGAAUCAGAAAGGAUGAGUUGGUCCAUGGAUACAUACUUGUCUAUUCAGCAAAACGAAAGUCUUCCAUGGCUAUGCUGCGCGCAUUCUUGGCUGAAGUCCAAGAUGUCAUUCCAGUCCAAAUGGUGGCCAUCACAGAUAGCCAGGCUGAUUUCUUUGAGAAUGAAGCAAUCAAGGAGCUGAUGACUGAGGGGGAGCACAUUGCCACAGAAAUCACAGCUAAAUUUACAGCACUGUACUCCUUGUCGCAGUACCAUAGGCAGACGGAAGUGUUCACACCAUUUUUCAAUGAGGUGCUUGAGAAGAAGAACGGUAUAGAAAGCUCCUUUAUGUUUGACAACACGCGGGAUGGACCGGGCACCACUGAAGAUGUCUUCCCCCAGUCACCUCACAGUCACUCACCAGCCUACACAUACUAUCCUGACUCUGAGGACGAUGCAGAGGGACCGCCACCUUAUAGUCCUAUAGGGGAUGAUGUGCAACUGCUGCCCACCCCUAGUGAACGGAAGUAUAGAAUCGACCUGGAAGGGAACGAGUACCCUGUCCACAGUACGCCAGUGGGUGAACAUGAACGCAACCACAAAGUGCCUCCUCCUGUGAGACCUAAGCCUGUGCUAACCAAGCCUAACGUAAAGAAGCUAGACCCCAACCUUUUGAAGACCAUCGAGGCUGGAAUGAGGAGCACCAGGAGAACACGAGGUCCAAUGAUGGUCCACGGUGAGGAUCUUGAAGCGUCUGAUAAUUAUGCGGAGCCUGCAGACACUCUGCUCAAAUCUAAAGGCUUUAGCGAUGACAUUUACGUUGUCCCAGAGGACACCCAUAGCAGAAUAGUGAAGAUGCGCAACUCUUUUGGUGGGCUUCAUGGGCUUCAUGGCGAUGAGGAGAAUGGUUUUGACCGCAUGUCAAAGUCUCAGGGUGGCCGAAGGCCCUCUAAAUACAAACAUCGUUCGAAGAUCCUUUUUAGCAAGACAAAAGCGUACCAUAGACGAGUUCACUCAGAUGUCAGUGAUGAUGAAUCAGGGCCUGCAGUGCAGAAGAAGAAAAAAGGAAGGGGUAACCGGGGCAGUGAAGAAGACCCUCUACUCUCACCUGUCGAUCCUUGGAAGGGGGGGAUAGACAAUCCAGCCAUCACCUCAGACCCAGAGCAGGAUGACAAGAAGCCGAAGAAAAAGAAAGCACCGAAAAAUAAGGAACCCAAAAAGGUAAAAGUAAAGACUACAAAGCCUUUGUAUCCACCAACUCGGAGAAACUGGGAAAGCAACUACUUUGGGAUGCCUCUGCAAAGUGUGGUCACUCCUGAUAGACCUAUUCCAUUGUUUAUUGAGAAAUGUGUGGACUACAUUGAACGCACAGGUCUUACCACAGAGGGCCUGUAUCGUGUGAGCGGGAACAAGACUGAUCAAGACAACAUUCAGAAACAGUUUGACCAAGACCACAGUGUGGAUUUCAUGGCGAUGGAUGUUGCUGUAAACGCUGUGGCGGGGGCACUGAAGGCUUUCUUUGCUGAUCUACCUGACCCCCUCAUCCCCUACAGUCUCCAUCCAGAACUAGUGGAAGCAGCUAAAAUAGUGGACCACAUCGAAAGACUGCAGGUGCUGAAGGAAAUCGUGAGGAAAUUUCCUCCUGUGAACUAUGAAGUUUUCAAAUAUGUCAUCACCCACCUCAACAGGGUGAGCCAGCAUAGCAAGACCACGCUGAUGACAGCGGACAAUCUCUCCAUCUGCUUCUGGCCCACGCUUAUGCGUCCAGACUUCGAGAACAAGGACACGCUGUCCACCACCAAGCUUAACCAGUCGGUAAUCGAAAGCUUCAUCCAGCAGAGCCAGUAUUUCUUCUACGACGGCGACAUCACAGAGCCGUCUAGCGCAGAGGGCACACCUCCUCCGCAUGGCCACGGCAUGGUGGAGUCCCUGCUGGCCCUGCAGCUCCCUCCCCCAUUGCAGCCGCAGCAGAUCCAGCACCCGCUGCCCUCCGAGCCCCUCAUAUAAUACACGUACAGAUACACCCAAUGACCAUUGUCAUCUCAGCUGACUGCGUCACGCACUUGCGUGGGAGCCACUUUAAAAAAAAUGGGAAAAGGAAAAACGUCAAAGGCCGUUUUUGUACCAGGAGGACAGACUGACGUGACCGUAUUCGCAGAUAUGCAUUUCUUUUGGGUUUUUUUUUUUCCCCUUUUUUCUCUUUUAUUUUUAAAUCUUGUCCAGAUUUCAAAUGGUGACUGAAAAAAAAAGUGACAAUUCAAUGUUUGUUAAUGAGAUGUGGUUAACUGGCCUGCUGUGGCAAGCAUGCAGAUUUGACUGCAAAUAUACGGAAGAUAUAUUUAUACUGCAGUUUUUUUGUUUGUUUGUAAACACAACUGAACUGUCAAUCAUUCGCUGAAAUGUACACUACAUGCACGAUCUAUUUUAAUGGAUUUACCUUUACGUGCCAUUUUGUCUCCCCCCCCCUCGUUAUUUUGCAAUGGACACUUUCUUUUUUAGAAAUUUUAUUUCCAAAAGAAAAUGGAAAUGAAUGUGGUGAUGGUAUCCCAAGGCCAUGUGACAGUUGGCAUGACACCUUGUGACAAGUUAAAACGGUACCACUUUAUUGUAAAGCAGUGUUCAUGAGGCUACAUGACAUCUACAUAAGACCUACAUGACAUCUGAUAAACCUACAUAAACAUUUACAAACACUUACUCUAUUUGCUAUAAAGGUUGCAUUUGCCAGCUGUGACGUCAAGUUGACAAUAUCUAUGUCAGGUGACAUUAGGCUGUGUUAUGACUAGGGUUGGGUGGUAUAAUAGUUAUAAGGUGUUUAAAAAUAAUGCUGCUGUUUAAAAAUUAUGAUGCGUCAAAUUUCUGAACGGCCAAAUAAACACAUUGCGCCUAUUUAUAUUUUAGAGAGGCUUACUGAUUGGUGGUGUGGGAGCUCACCAAUAGCUGGUGCUGACAGAAAGGGGAAAAUAUAGAGCCAGAAAAGCCUCAGAAAAACUAAGCAUGAUAGCAUGACAUUUGAAUUUAGCUUUCACUCUUAUACCAGUCCCUCGAAUUUGUGCUCUCAGAUAUCAUCUAAAUAGGUGGUAUUUUAGCACCAGUUAGCUUGAACUAGGCCUGUGCUGUGGUGUAAUUCAUGUCUGGCCUGCUAACUAAGUGAUCAUUAGCUUAGCCAAGAUGCUUCAGUCUAAACACCACAGAACAGGUUCGAUUUCGGCUUUAUUUCAUUCCAAAACCAGUUGUUCAACUUUUGCUCUAUCAGACAUUCAUUUUUAUCAACUGCAUCUUCUGCAGAGCAUCAGUUAGUAAUAAUCAGACCUGUACUGUAGUGUGUGGCACUGUUCGGUCUGUAAGCUAAUGCUAAGUUGUCCGAUUAAGCUACAGAUGCAAACGUCACAGAACAGAUUUAUUUCCACCUUUCUGUCCCUUCAGCACCAGUUGCUCGACUUUACUGCCACAGAUUGACUCAUCUGAACUUGUGUCUGUGCUUGAUUAGCCAGAAUCAAACGUGCUGUGGAGAGCAGAGCUGCAGUCAUGCUAACUAAGACAAUGCUAACCUGCUCCUCUCUCCUAAAUAGCAGCACUAUUUGUAAUUUAGCAAUAGUUAGAUAGAUGGUUUGACAUUUAGUGAAUGAUGGCUUGAAAAAUCAUGCACUGUGUUCACUUUGAAGUUUGAAGAUAUGAAACAAGUGGAUAUGCACUAACCCUAGUUAUGGUACUUUUUGGGAUGAAAUGACUUUGUAGCUCAGUGUAUUUCACAGCGACAUAAUGAUGCUAAUAAGACACAGCUUGCCAAAUUAGGUUGGUUUAACAAAAAAAAUUCUGUGGCCCUUAGAGUGAGUUUAAUCUUUAACAUCUAGAAGAUUUUAGAUGUCACAUCUUCAGCAUUAUGUCACUGUAAUAUACAAAGCUCCAAGGUCAAAUGUUAUAAGGUACUGAGCCAUUUCACCCAGAAAAAAGUCAAUGUCAGAAAAUAAUCACUUGAUGUAUAUGUUGAAAAAAGCCUUUAUAAAUGUUUUCAUAGUUUUAUGUCAGUUAUUAGCUUAUGUAUGUACCGUAACCUCAUGAACACUGUCCUGCAGUAAAGUGUUACCAUUGAAAAAAGACACACAGGUGCAUAUUAGCCUGGGAGGGACCCCAGCAGCGAGAAGCCUGCAGCCCCUCACAGUUGGAAAGCCACAGAAGGGAAAUACCCCACUGGAACUCUAUGGCACAUCUCAGAAACCCAGGCUUUUUUUGACUUUGGCUUGGCUAACUUAACCCUGUUGCAGUCCUUUUUUUGAUUUUCGUUUUCUUUUUCCUCUCUGUCUCUUGAAAAAAUACCUUGCACACCAACAGCAGGCAUUGAAAUAGGUGUUUAUUUGUUUCAUGAACUAAAUUUGCAUGUCAUUUGCCACUUGUAAUAACUGAAAGAUAGAAAGACAAAAGGAAAAAAACAAGCUUAACUGUUUUUAUGCAAGCCUUUUUUAAAAAAAAAAA